UAUUGCUCAUUUUUGAGUUAUUUUGAAUAAACGUGUUGAAAUGACAUUGACAUCGAAAAGGUAAACAAAUUAAUCUUGUUGGUUGUUGUUGUUGUUUAUUAUUAAUCGUACGAUAGCCUGUCAGUUUAGUACUAUAAAUCAGGUCAAGGAAUCUUCGAAAUUAAUUUAUUAUUCUCCGUAUUUCUUAAAUACAUGUGAUAAACUGUAAAUGUUUCCAUGUGAAUUAACGUCUUCAACAUCAAUAAUACAACACAGUAAGUCCUGCCGGUUUCUGGCUUUACAACUACUGUCAACCAUCUAUCAAAAUUAUCAUACAGAACCAAAAUUAAGAGAUCGGCCAGAUAUGUCUUCAAUUCGGUUAUUCGCCUGUGAGGUAUGCGGUAAACAAUUUCUUACAAUGCAGAAUCUGAAGCAACACCUUAUCAUUCACACUGGCGAGCACCCACACAAAUGUGAUAUAUGUGGCAAAGUAUUCACCCGACAGGGUAGCUUGUCAUCGCACAAACUGAUACACAGUGGUGAGCGGCCAUAUAAGUGCGAGAUAUGCGGCAAAGAAUUCUUUAAAAAGCAAAACUUACAGCAACACACUUUCACACACUCUGGCAAAGAUCCAUACAAAUGUGAUAUAUGUAGUAAAGAAUUCACACUUAAACAGAGCCUGCAACGACACUAUGCAACCCAUUCAGGCGAGCGACUUCACAAAUGUGAUAUAUGUGGCAAAGAAUUUCCACUAAAGCAGCGCCUGCAGCGACACGUUGCCAUUCACUUAGGCGAUCGACCGUAUAAAUGUGAAAUAUGUGACAAAGAUUUCCUUCAGAAGCACCAAUUGCAGCGACACGUUACCAUUCACACUGGUGAGCGCGCAUACAAAUGCGGUAUAUGUGGGAAAGCAUUUACUAUCCAGAGCAACAUGACUUCGCACAAACUGAUUCACAGCAAUGAACGCCCGUAUAAGUGCGAGGUAUGUGGCAAGCUGUUCCUUCAGAAAAAUAAUUUACUGCAACACGUUACCAACCACACAGGCGAGCGCCCGCACAAAUGUGAUAUAUGUGGCAAAGAGUUCUUGCUGAAACAGAGUCUGCAGCGACACGUUACCAUUCACACAGGCGAGCGGCCUCACAAAUGCGAUGUAUGUGGCAAAGAUUUCUCACUGAAGCAGCGACUGCAGCGACACGUUAUCAUUCACUUAGACAGACGACCGUAUAAGUGCGAAAUAUGUGACAAAGAGUUCCUCCAUAGGCAUCGGUUACAGCGUCAUGCUAGCAUCCAUAUAGAUAGGCACUCACCCAUGAAAUUAUGUUUUAUGUUAAGUGAAACUAUAGGUGUUAUUUUACUAGAGCUUUUCAAACAUCCUAUCGCAAUCAGUCGGCUUUUCAAAAUGCUUGGAGAUAAUCCUUUCAACUACCACAGUGGGGACGCCGUUGAGAAUGAAAAUAUCAAAUUGGAGGAGAGUCAAGUUCAAUGUAAUAUUGUGGAAGACAGCUUCACAUCUAAAGCCCACGCUGAAAUUAUCCACAGUAAAAGAGAAGAGGUGCCUAAUCCUCCAAAGGCCGACGGUUUGAAACAGUACAAAUGUGAAAUCUGUGACAAAGAAUUCGCUCGGAAUGCAUUGCUAUGGAAGCACAGGAAACUUCACAUUAGUGGGCGCCCGUAUCAAUGCGACAUCUGUGGAAAAGACUUCAAAGAGUCCGCACACAAAACUAUUCACAUGCGUGUUCAUACGGGAAAUCGGCCGUACCGGUGCGAGGUAUGUGGCAAGCAGUUCACCCACAGCUGUAAUUUGUCGUUACAUACUAUCACUCAUACCGGCGAAAAACCAUACAAAUGUGACAUUUGUGAUAAAAGUUUCAACCGAAGGUAUAAUUUGAAAUUGCACAGUCGAACUCAUACCGGAGAAAAGCCUUACAAGUGCGAUAUCUGUGGGAGGGAAUUUUCUUUGCAAUGUACUUUAACAAUACACAGACGAGUUCAUACCGACGAACGUCCGUAUACGUGUAGCACAUGUGGCCAAAUGUUUAUCGAUAAGACCCGACUAGGAUUGCACCUGUCCAGCCACACCGGGAAAAAACCAUUCAAGUGCGACGUAUGUGGCAAAGAAUUUAAUGGAUCUAGCCAUCUUACCGAGCACGUUCGAACGCACACGGGUGAAAAACCGCACAGCUGCAGCGUAUGUCGUAAAGCAUUCAUUUCCAAGCGCACACUGGCGGUACAUAUGAUGCGUCAUGCGAACGAGCGGCCCUACGAAUGCGACAUUUGUGGCAAAAAAUUUGUACUCAGUGGCUCGCUGAAUAAUCACAUGCAGUCGCACCGAGUGGCGAAUGAACAGACUGAGACGAUGUAAAAUUUGGCGAAAUACGAAGAGAGUUGAAGUAGUAAAAUUAAUUCCCAAAUAAGCAAAAAUAUGGUUCAAGUGAUUCUAUAUUUUCAAAGCAUAACUUCAUCACAAGCUUAACCGAUGGAUGGAGCCUUCUAGCGGUACAGUUAAAGAACAAAAAUUGUCGAAGAUUCCCAUGAAAAACCUUCCCGUGAGUUUUGAUGACACGAAAAGGUACGAAUGGAUACGGGAAUACCCUAAAUUUUCUGUCUCACCCCAACGUGUUGAGGAAAGAAUAGCCGGGAGGGUAAAAUACGUCGAACUUCAUGCUCACGUUAAACUGGGCAUUCGAUUAAAUACAUUGAUAAAGACCUAGUCACACACGGAGCGAGCACCGGGUCACACGAGAUUGUAGUAUGCAUUUUCAUAAGUUUUGACUGAACCGUGGUAUUCGGUCUCGUAGAAAUUAUUGAUUAAAUUUUAUUCAAAAAAUGUACAAAAAACACCAACUAAUGGCAAUCCAAUAUGGAAAUUACCCACAUACUAGUCCCUUAUGUAUUUUGCUUGAAAGCUGCAGACAAUAUCUGUUUAUCUCAGCCAUGUCGGCAGGUUCUAGCCUGCUAACCACGUGCAUUAUGCUCUAAAAAUACCGUUGGGCGAUAGGGUCAAAUUAUGGCGUGGCGAGCAAUAACUUUUCAAACUACCUCCCCACCAUGGCACACCAACCAGAGUCAAUUGGAUUCGAGGAUCGGUCUAGGAAGGCCCAUGACAACUCGCAGUCACAGCAAGGAGCUGUCGAGCCGUGAGAGGCGGGACAGGUCUUCCACAAACAAGGACAGCAGCCUUCAGCAGGCACGCCGUUAGUGAAUCGGGAGAAAACGCAUUUCGAGAAAGCAACAGGUGCACCAUUUCGGAACGAGAGAAACCGACCAACAAACGUACGAGCGCAAUAGUAAAGAAAACAUUCUUUUUUCCUUUUUUAUUUCAUGCAGUCAUGUAGUCACAUUUCCUUUUUUACAUUUUAACGACGUUCAAUUAGACUGGAUAGGUAAAGUUGUGAAAAUAUGGAGCCAUAGUACUCAA